AAGUCACGCCCUGCCCUUCUCGGUACGAUUUCCCCAAAUCUCAUAGCCGGUGACCUCAACGACCAAUCGAUCUCACCAUGUCUUGGUUAGCCCGAUCGAUCGCAAACACUCUCAAACUCGACGACGACGUCGAUGACGAAGAUCAGAAUCGAACGGAGACCAACGAAAAUGCCAAUCAGCGGAAAGACGAAGAACAGCAUAACUUGAUCGACGAUUCACCGGCAUCACCUUCACGAGGCGUCAAAGAAGACCUGUCAGUGCUCACGAAAACUCUAACUCGCCAAUUAUGGGGCGUUGCUUCGUUUCUCGCUCCUCCACCUCAAUCCGAACCCUCUCAGGUCUCUAAUUUGAACCAUCAGGAGCCAUCCGAUGCAGAUCCGGCGGGGAUUUCUGGAAUACGGAGUGACUUCGCGGAGAUCGGAGGCAAGUUUAGAAGUGGGAUAUCGAAGCUGUCGAAUAACAUUGCGGUGUCUGAGAUUACAAAGAUGGCGUCCAAUUUUCUUCAAUUGGGAUCGGAGGGGGAGGAGGAUUUUGAUUCGGUGAGUGGUGUUGCUGGUGUUACUCAGGAAGUGGUGGCUUUUGUUAGAGAUAUUGCGAUGCAUCCUGAAACUUGGUUGGAUUUUCCUUUACCUGAGGAUGAAGAUGAUGAAGAGUUUGAUAUGUCUGAUGCUCAGCAAGAGCAUGCUUUAGCCGUUGAACGUCUUGCACCAAGAUUAGCUGCUCUGAGGAUUGAGCUUUGCCCAGGCUAUAUGAGUGAGAGUUGCUUCUGGAAGAUUUAUUUUGUGCUUUUGCAUCCUAGACUUGAUAGACAGGAUGCUGAAGUUUUAUCAACGCCGCAGAUAGUGAAAGCUAGAGCCUCGUUGACUCAGGAGUUGCAGAACCGUACCAAGACAAAGCCUGAACAAAACUGGUCCGCAAAGGUCACUUCUGAUUCGAAAGACAUUACUAAAUCUUCACAUGAAGAGUCUCUUUCUGUUCCAUCCACCACAAAAUCUGAUUCUGUGCCCUUUGAGACGCCCAUCCUUGAGUCAGCCACUUCCCCUGUGGCAGCUGAUUUUGAGACAGACAAGCAUCCAGUCCUAAGUACUGAAAUUCCUAUUGUUGACAAGUCUGUUAUUGAGGAAGGGCCUGUGAAUCUUUACAAAGAUCAAAACUUGCAUUCUGGUCCCUCCUCUAAUGUCUUGGAGCAUGCUGAUGAAGAUGAUGGUGAUGAUUGGUUAAAGGAAGAAACCUCUGAAAUUGUUGGCCCCAGUGGAACCACCAUCCCUAUUGAGAAUGAAGAGGAUGUAUCAUUCAGUGAUCUUGAAGAGGAUGAUGAUGUUCCUACAAGUUACAAGAAAGCAACAUAUUCCUCUGAUUCAUCAACAAAAGACUCACGAGACUGGGUUCAGUUGAGCAGAAGCUCUCCCGAUUCAGCUAAGGAUAUCAACACAGUUACUAUUGAACACAUUGGAUCUGAGCAGGUAAGUGCCCAUAACUCUGAGACCAAGGAAUCUAAUGACUGGCUUGAUGUUGAUGACAUUGAUGUGGCAUGAUGUUACUCGGGGGGCUUUAUAAUUUAUGGUUUAUUUUCUGUCUAAGUUCCCUUUGUGAAUAGCUUGUUACGGUGUUUUCAGUCCGGACCAGGCUUCGAGAAACUGGGAUUUUUAUGUUUGUACAUAAAUAUCAUUAUAAUCGAAUGCUUAUUAGCAAUAAAAAUUCAAUUGUAUCUGCAAUGCUGAUGUCAGAAAAGAGUGAAAAUUUAGCACAUUUCCAUUGUAAAUAGCAUUUGAUGAACUCAUUGUAGAAAAGUUGUGUCAAUUAUUGUGUGUAUUAUGCACAUA